GUCACACUCACACAAACCCAUCUUAAACGAAUUUUAAAGUCUUUUUGCACAAACAUGUCGGAAAACAAACGCAUUAAAACUGAACCUUACUUCUCAGACGACUCUGAAUGCACCUCGUACGCCCUACAAGGUCAAAAUAUUAAAAUUGAAAGUGAGCCAUACCCAUAUGAUGUUUAUCAAUUUGUGAAACCGGAAGAGGAAGCGUCUAAAAAUCCAGAAUAUACUCCUCCUGCCAUUGCAAUUAAACAAGAACCUUUAGAAAUAAUAUCCGAACCUCCGCCCUUUCUGGCCCUUAAAUGUAUUGGCUGUACGGAAACAUUUAACAACGACAAAUUGUUGCGACAACAUUUUCUUCAACAGCAUGCUCGAACAAAUGAUCAUCAACAGAUCAACUUGCCAAAGUUGGAAAUCAUUGAUGUACCUGAACUAGGCAGAUAUAAAGAAGAAGUCUUAAACAACGAUGAGGUGGUUUCGCAACCUUUUCUUCAUGAUGUCCAACAAAUCACCUUGCCCAAAUUGGAAAUCAAUGAUGUACCUGAAAAGGGUGAAGAGGGAUGCGAAGAAACCUUUAACAAUGGAGAAGAGUUGAACGAAAUCAUGGGGGAUCAUAACAAAAAUCCCAUUGAUGACGAUGAUGACGAAGACAUGAUGAACAUGGAAGAGGACGAGGAGGAGGAGGAUACUGAUGAUGCUGAAGACAACGAAAGCGAUUCAAAUGGAAUUCGGCGAAAAUUCAGAGAACCGCCUCUAAUUGCCCGCCUACGCUCACAACCGGCCAAUUGGCAGCCAAUUAUGAACUGUACCGAAUGUCCAGAGACCUUUACGGAAUAUUGUCUGUUGAGCCAGCAUUUCACCCAGGCACAUCUAAACCGUGAUUUUCACAUAAUUUGUUGUGAGCGUAAAUUUUCCACACAACGACACAUUGAAGAACACUUCAGUCUGCAUCGUGACCCCAAUCAGUUUAAAUGUAAAAAAUGUGGCCGAUAUUACACGUCUAGAGAGGGGGUGAUGACUCAUAUGAAACGAUUCCAUACAUCGUCUGUGGAAAAGGAGUUUGCUUGCAAAAAAUGCAGUCAAAGUUUUACCACACAAAGAGGUCUGAAUUUACAUGACAACGUGGUGCAUCAAACGUCAGUGGCACGACCCCAACCCACAGUGACCGUAAUGGAAAAUGGCCAAACAAUAUAUGGCUGCAAACACUGCGGUUAUACCUGUGAUAGUAAACGAAAAUUUUCCAAUCAUUGGUCCCAUGUUCAUCGCCAGGUGCCAGGCUAUAAAUGUCAGAAGUGUGGUAAAGUUGAUAGAAUCGAUGCCCUGCGCAAACAUCUCAGAACCCAUUCGACCAAUUUGAAAUGCCCCGCCUGUGGUAAACAGUGUAAACGAAAGAAUGAUCUAACAUGUCACAUUACCACCAAACAUAGCGCCAAUAAAGAAGAGAUCCUCAAAAAACUAUUGGAAACCGAAGAACCGCUUCCAGAGGCCAUAAAUAUCAUCAAAACCGGAGAUUUCAUUUGUAAUUACUGUAAUCAUGUAAGCGAUAGUGUGGAUGCUUUACUUUUGCACAUCGAGGAGAGUCACAAGCGGGAGCACAAAUGCCAUUUGUGUAAUAUGGCGUUUCGUGUCAGACGUGGUCUCAUUUGCCAUCUAAAUCGACACAAAGGGGAUGGCAACACUAAACCUAAUGUUGCUGCUGACGAUAACGAUGAUGUAUCUCAAUCGAAUUCCCCCACGACUCAGACCACAUUAAAGGAGAACUCAUCAAAACCCCAGCAACUACAUUUCUAGAACUUGCAAUUUAAAUAUAUGCUUCAAAAGAACAAAAUAUUACUAAAACAAUAACCAACGCAUGGGCUGUGAUGUUGGAUCGAAUGAUCCCAGAACAGCGAUUAUUAAGUGAACAAUUUAUUUCUGAAAUAUUGUAUGAGGGACAGAUGGGCACGCUCCACAGAAAUUCUCAAACACUGAAUACUGAACAAAGACAUAUCAAGAUCAUGAACUCCACGCCUUUGCCAAAGUAGCUCCAGUGCCACCGAGAUAUAUUCAGAAGAAUCUUCAUCACAACUUUCUACUUUUUCUACCAAUUUCUCACAUACUGACUAAAUAGUAGAUAUGUAAAUAUCUCAAAAAAAAAAAAAUAAUAAAUAAAUAAAUAAAAUAAAAUAAAAUGAACUGAUUUA